UAUUAGAUAUAACCCAAAAUAAAAAUAAAAUAAAAUAAAAAGAACGAAGAAAAUUUGUGACGAAGAAGCAAGCAAUAGAGUGGAGCAGUGACCAUGGACGACGUUGAUCGGUUGUUCGAGUGCUUCAAAUGCGGCAUCUCCCCUCCUCAAUCUGCUUUGAGGGAAAGAAAGAGAAGCAAAAGCAACUUGAAGCGAAGAAGUAAAACCCAGGAGGUCUCUUCUCCAGGAUCAGCAGCAGAUCAAACACAGAAAAAUGCAUCAGAAAUACAACUUUCUGCGGAGAAGUCUGGUUCGGGAACUGUUAAAGCAAACAACUUUAACCGUGCAAAGCAGUUUUCUCCAGUUGUAUUCUAUGGGUCUCCAAAUGGGGUGCCUCCUAAAAAACCAUCAAGAUCUUUGCUGCGAUUGUUACGUGAAAUACGUGUUGAUCUUGCUACACAAAAAAGAUUGAGUUCAAGGAAGGAAGUAUGGGCGACAUUUCCAAGGCAGGAUGAAGCAAUGCAGUUUGCCAAAGGGAAUGGGAACGUUCAUGUUUUUAGUUAUCAAGAUCACUAUAGUGGACAAAGAAGGUUCCUUGUUUCAACUUAUGACGACUUCUGGAGAAGGUACAACAAUAUGAAUCCCAAGUUCCGUCACCAUUAUGAAGUGAUUCAGGAGGGUUUACCAUGCCACCUUUACUUUGACUUGGAGUUCAAUAGGAGAGACAAUGCAGGCAGAAAUGGAGAUGAAAUGGUUGAUGUCUUGAUUUCAGUCAUUUUCGAAGCCUUACUUGAAAAGUAUUCUAUUCAAGGAAACAAGGAAUGGAUAUUGGAGCUUGAUUCCUCUACUGAAGCAAAGUUCUCUCGUCACCUAAUCAUUCGCAUAGAGAAGACUGCUUUUAAGGACAACUCACAUGCAGGUGCAUUUGUCACUGAGAUAUGCUCACGGAUUUCAAGUGCAAAGGAGAUGGAUGGAAGAUUUGGAAAAAUUUUUGUUAGAAAAGAUUCAAAGUCUUCGAACUCCGCUAGUCAACUAUUUGUGGACACUGCUGUAUAUACCCGAAAUCGUUGCUUUCGUUUAGCUCUAUCAUCAAAGGCAGGGAAGAAUUCAGUGCUUCUACCUACCGGGCGUUUCAAAGCCAAGGACAUGCAAUCUGAGGAGGAGAUGUUCAUGGCAUCCUUGAUCUGCAAUUUGGAUGUUGAUUGUGAGAAGCUUCUAGUAUGCAAAACAGAUCUUGAUUGUAUAAAGACUCUGCAUUUUGAUACAGAGGUAAACCGUAACUUUGGAAAAUGUCACCGUUGGCCCCAAGAAUUUGCGUUGAAUGGUGGCACAACUGAUGUUUCAGCAACGUACUUCCUUGGGAAAUCUCCAUUCCCAGCUUUGGAUGCAUUUAUAGUGUCUGUUGCUACCGUAGGAAAUGUAUCAGGUAAAAUUCGUAGCUGGUACUGGUUCUCAGAGUUUGGACACAUGGUCUACAGCAUGUCAAGAAACAGAUACUGUGAGCGAAUCGGCAGACAGCAUAAAAGCAAUCAUGUGAUAUACGUUGCUGACCUCAGAAGGGCGGCUUAUUAUCAGAAAUGUCAUGAUCCUGACUGUAGAGGUUAUCGUUCUCCCUCGCGUCCAAUUCCAUUGGAUAUCAUCCCUGAAAUGGUGCAUGAAUAUCGAAAUGAUCAUGAAUGUGUUCCUUAUGGGGAUGAGAACAUGACUAGCAGCUGCAUUACAGAUUCAUGGUGGCUUGAAGCCAUAAGAGUUGCAGAUGAUGUUGAAAAUAAGAAGAUAGACAUCAGCAAUAUGGAAAACAUCGAUUCAGAAGAUGACAACUGGUGGAUGGCUGUGGAAAAAACUGCAUCCCAAGCUGAACUAGCGCACUUCAACUGAUUCAAGGUCUAAUAUAUAUUGGCUGGUAAUCCUUCCAGCUUUGGCCUGGCCUGCUGACCGAUACUUACAAUGUCGAAGUAAAUGAUUCAUCAUACAAACAAAAGGCCUGGUUCUGCAUCAUCCUGUCAUAGUAGAGGAGAGCAACGUCAGUCUAAUUUACAUAUAUGCCUGUGCUGUUCAAACUGCAUGUGUAAUUAUGGUCAGACGGAGAAGUCUAGAUUAGCCUCUUCUUUUCUUUUCUUUUUUCUUACACACCGUAUAAAUGAACGAAUUGUUAUUAUUUAUGCAAGGUCUUAGUCCA